AUGAGUUUUGUAGUUCCAUGGGAUGGAGCAUACCGCGUCCAGAAUGUCGCCUAUCCCAAGCAAAAGAUAGGGCUUCGUUUUCAUGAUAUCAUCGUCGCCGGUCGUCACGAAGAUUCGGCUGAGCCACGCAUCGAGGAAAUCAAAGCCACCAGCGUAAGCGACUACAGCAAGAUAACUAUCCAGUCCGGCUCCAGAUACGUCGGUGCUGAUUCUGAGAAAGUGGUUUACAAUACCCUAUGGGUGGGGUGUAUCGUACCGCGAUAUUGGCAGGUGGAUGACACUGCUUCGGGCUUGUUGAUGUACUUGCCUAAUGGUGAUGAUGGAGCAGAGGUCCAACUCACGCAGGAUGGCGCAGGCGAGGUGUCAUACUGGAGGUUCAUUCCUAUUAGGCCCCCCUCGAAUUGA